AUGGAUGCACAGCUAUCGAUGCUGGAUCCGCGGGGGAUCUAUGCGGAGACUCCCCCAGAUCUACAGACCCGAUUAGACACUCACCCCACGCUGCUGGUGAGCUGGUGGGCCACCGGUUUCUCCCUCGCCAUCAUCAUUACCCGUGUCUGCGGUCGCUAUAUUCGGACAGAGCGCUUCUUUCCCGAAGAUAGGGUGAUGAUGGCCAGCAUCAUCCCGCUGUUUAUUCGAAUGGCCUUGGUCCAUGUGAUCUUGCUCUAUGGCACCAACAAUACGAAAACCGCCGGGCUGACGGCCGAGGAUAUACAUCAAAGAGAGAUCGGCAGCAAGUUGGUUCUUGCUGCUCGUAUAUUCUAUGCUAUUUUUAUCUGGACUGCUAAAUUCACCGUAUGUGAAUUUCUGAAACGAGUUGCGGGAAUGAUCUGGCGCCGAUCGCUUCGGAUCUUUCUCCAGAUCAUCUACUAUUUUCUGGCGUCGACGUUGAUUGCAGUGUUGAUUGCGACGCUCGCCGAGUGCCAUCCCUUCGACCAUUACUGGCAGGUUAUCCCAGAUCCAGGACCACAAUGUCGCCUGGGUUACGCCAACCUGAUCACAAUGGGGGCAUGCGAUGUCGUCACCGAUCUUCUUCUGGUCGCCUUCCCCAUUCCACUGGUUCUGAUGACCCAUAUGCCCGUAAAGCGCAAGGCGUUCCUUGCAAUUCUCUUCGCCUUGUCUUUGAUCCUGGUCGGCAUCACUUGCUAUCGCGUCCCAUCGGUGAUCUGGCACAACGGCUCGCAGCAAUAUCGAUCCCUCUUGGCGUCGCUGGAAAUUCUAGCUGCCACUGCCGUUUCGAACGCGGUGGUGAUCGGCUCUUUCGUUCGCGAUAAGGGUGUCAAGAAGCCCAAGUUCAAGAAAGACAUCGGUUCCGCUUCGGUGAGCGAGAGUGUGGAUCAGAGCACCAUGCGGCGUACAACCAUCACCCAUCAUCAGUGGGGCAGUGACUCGGAUCUUGCUGGCGAUUUGGGAAUUCGACUCAACCCUGAGCUUUGCCAGUCAGACACCAGAGCUCCCCGCCCAGCCCCAGUUGCCGUCCCUUAUCAUCCCUUCACAGCCCGUACGGGGACAGUGGAUCCGAACUGGUCUUUCAGCAAGGGUCGUCAUUCGAUGGAAUCCGACGAUGGCACGUCGACUACUGGUAGUUUGGAGCUGAAAGUCAGCCCCCAUGAGUACAUCGAAACCAACAAAAUCCCUCCCAAUAGAUCCAACGACGGGGCCAUGUCUUCACCCAGCAAGGUCUCCAUUUUUGAUGUCGGCGGACUCCUGUCGGACACCUCGACACCCGCUUCUCAUGCCCCUUCUGGUACUGCGCGCGAUCACGGGUUGAGUCCGGACUCGCACCGAUACCGUAGCGGUAGCAGGGCUUUUCUGCAGGAUGUGGGAGGCCUACUUUCUGCCCCAAUCCCAAACGUGGGAAACAACCAUUUGUCUCCACCACAUAACUCUCCGCAGAAUUUCUCGCGGCCCGGGGGGCUGACCAGCCGUAGCUUCUCUGUCGGACGCCGAAUAAGCUCCAAUUUCCACCUCGGAAAUCAGGCGGAUCCAGUCCCUCCGUAUCGCUCUCACUCAGAUAACCAUGCCCCGGUCCUUGAGGGAGCCCAUGAUGUGGAGCUCCAGGAUGUUGGCGGGCUUCUCUCGAGAGACACAUAG